AUGAAUUUAGUUGAAGAAACAAAUUUUGCAAACCAAUUUUUGGGUUCACUUAGUUCUCGUGCCGUAAAGUAUCCACAAGAUUUUGCACCUCCUCCUCAAACAAGACCGCAACCUCCUGUUAGGACUGCCGCAUUCUCUAGUUUUAAAACUACUACCAAAUCUACCGUAUUUAGUACAUCAGAAAACGCUCAAGGAAAUGUAGGUACAGGUACAUUAAUUAAAUUAAAUAUUAAAUCAUUGAAAGGUGGAAAAACCUAUUCUACACAAUUAAAUGAUUCAGAGACUGUGUUGGGAUUAAAAGAGAAAUUGAGAUCACUUGCUUCAAUAUCACCCGAAAAUCAACGAUUAAUAUUUAAAGGGAAAGCAUUAGUUGAUAAUAAACCUCUUUCGGAAUAUGGAAUUAGUAAUGAUACGACAAUACAUUUAGUUCAAAAAUCUGGAACGAGGGAGGUUUCACAAAUUUCAAAAGAAUCAAAACUUUCAACUACAGGUAUUGAAAAGGUUAAAGAUCCCCAAUUUAUUGAUUCUUUAAGUAAAUUUUUUCAUGAACAAUUUUCGGAAGUGGAUGCGAAUUGUAUUUUAAAAGAUUUCACGAAUUUCUAUAAUGUUUAA